AUUCACCGUUCUGUCACCUGCGCUCUGCAUUACAUAAGCUCAAUUUUCCAAAACUUGAGCAUCGUCUUAGUCCAAUGCCUAGAAAGAACCGGACUCCAACCUCUGUGAUUCAGAAUCGCGAUAACCAGCGCCGCUCACGGGCGCGGCGUCGGCAACUUGUUGAAGAGCUUCAACUGCGGCUCCAGGAUUACGAACGUCGAGGCCCUCAGGCCAGUAUUGAGAUGCGGCGGGAGGCUAAAGGCGUCUUAUGGGAGAAUAAACAUCUUCGUGACCUCCUCCAGAUCCGAGGGGUUUCGCAAGACGAGAUCGAUGAUCACCUCUCGCUGGUUGGGCCUAUUGGUACUGAACUAAAUCUGGACCUCUGGGAACUCCUGCAGAGGGGCAGUGAUCCACGCACGCCUCGCAUACAAAAAUACAGUGCGAUGCAGCCGCGGUCAUCCGACAGAUUACACAACAUCACUACCUACCCUUAUAACAUAGCAGAUAACCCCUCGCCUCCAAGCACGUCUCUUUCUAAUCAUUGUCCGUCUGUACCAAGUCGAGCACUAGCUACUUCAGUCCCUACUAGACCUACUCCGUCCGUAGAUAUAGCAGAGGCAGAUUGCGUCGUCACUAAUAGCUGCGAUCACGAGAAGCAUGAUUCCUACGAUUCAUACACUGCUCAGCUCCCAGAUCGUACGAGUAUCUCGUUCAUUUGCAAUAACAACUUACCUGAUCCGGCUAGCCAUACAGACAUACUCCCACCAGUAACGGACUGUUUCUGCCCACCUAGCUCGCCCAUUUCCAUCUCAGGCCACUGGAACAGAGGGAUAUCUUGCAAGGCAGCAAUUAAUAUUAUUUCUGGGCUGCAGAACAACGCAGAUUCGGACCGGGUUCGUGAUCUGUUGCACUGUAAAGAAUCAGAUGACUGUCUUGUUCAGAAUUCCAACGUGUUCCAAAUACUGGAUGAGUUAGCUUAAUUAAAUCUAUGUUGCUCUAUACGAA